UUUAUUAUAGUAUAACCGUAAAAAAUUUAGCCUCUCAAACUUCCUCAUAAAAUAAUGGACAGACGAAAAUUAAUCAUUUUAGAAAUUUAGGAGCCAGCGGAAAUUAAUUUAUAAUUAGAUUAAUUGAUAAAAGAGAUAUUGAUCAUAUUUAUUUUGGCACUUCCUUAUAAUGAACUUAAUUUUUUAAAAAAAAUAGCCCAAAGAGAGCAUCGUAGAAAUUGCUGAUAUUAACAAUUUUAUAGACGUGCCACUCCUCCCUGCAUGAUGUUCGCUCGUUUGAAAUUUUGAUGUUGGAAUAAUUUAAUUCGUAAAAGAAGAGUGUAUCAACACUUUAUCUCAGAGAAAUGGAAAUUGCGUGAUUAACUUAUCAUGAUUUAGGUCUCUUUCACCUUUAUUGAAAAAGAAAAAAAAAUGAAAACACGAGUUAGGUUAGUUGGAAAUUAUUUGAAAAGCGAUAAGAUAUGACAAUUUAACGAUAAGGAAAAAAAGGAAUUGUUUGUUCAGGUAACGAGCACUAAAGAUGAAGCAUUUUGUGCUUCAUAGGCAACCCCUGGUGAAGAGGGACGACACAGAAUUGUCACAUGACAGCACCGACCGACCCUGUUUCUCGCAAAUCGAAAGUGAACUGUUGAAGAAGGAUGAGGAGCCCGUUGUACCCAUAUCCGUCGCCAUGGUGUCCAUCACCAUGUUCACCUAUGCCAUGGAUGUGGCGUCUUCUGUCGCCCUCUGUUUCUGGCUGUUCGAUAUCGGGAGGUGGUGGUGGUGGAUGACCAUCGGAUUCCUGUUUGCCUCUCUGUUCCUCGUCAACAUGUUCAGCAUCCGAUGGUACAUUCACGAUCAUCAGGAAGAGAAGCCCUACCUACCGGAAGUGACGCCGAGUCAUUGGAUUAUGAGAGGACUUUUCCAUGCCAUGUUACUAGGCCCACUCAUUAGGUAUUGGGAGCUGUUUUUGUAUGGACUGCACACGUGUGACAAAAGUGAUCCCAAGCGCAACCAAUAUCGUCUGAUGUUCCUUCAAGAAGACCGAGAUGUGUCCACUCUAGCGCUGGUGGGCAGUUUCGUCAAAUCGGCACCCCUUCUCGUCCUCCAGAUGUACCUCCUCACGCAGAACAGUUUCUUCAUAGAUUUAUCUGCGAAUCGAGCACAGGCAAUCAACCUGGUGACGUCAUUGGUGGAAUUGUCACUGGCUCAGAGCUCUUACCAUCGAGCUCUGCGCCGUUCCUCACCCUAUAAGAAGAACAUGAACAAAGUGGGCGCUUUCAUCCAACUCUUCAGCCAUUGUUGCGUCAUCGGCUCUAGAGUGAUUGCUUUGGCCGUAUUCGCCACUGCUUAUGGACACUGGAUCGUGGUUUUUGUGGCAGGUCACUGGGCACUCAUGACCAUCUGGUUGAUAUUUUUGAGAACAAACUCGUGUGCGACAGCUUCUGGUCAGCCUAGGCCCAUUGAAGAACUUUUCUUCAACGUAGUCAUCGGAGUCAUUUACGUAUUCUGUUUCGUCAAUGUUAAGGAUGAACCCACAAGAUGGAAGUACACAAUAUUUUAUAUAAUUAUAUGGAUAGAGAAUGUGGCUCUGGUGAUUCUAUGGUUUUUGAAAGCUGAUCAUGAUCUGUGGUACAGAAUUCCUCUCUUAGCUUCAGUGGUUUUGUCUCUUGCAAUCGGACUAGCACUUCUUGCUGUCUAUUACCAAUUUUUGCAUCCAAAUAAACUGCCUAAAAAUGCUCAGGAAUAGAAAAAGUUAAUGUCUGAAAUAUUCAACGGUACCCAACCAUUUUACUCUUAUCUCCAUAAUUAUAUACACAUGCUUCAAUAUCUUUUUAUUAUCAGGCAUAUAGUUCUCAUGAAACUAUCCCAUUAAAACUAUCAGGACUCUUCUUGCUUUAACGCUUUGUGAUUGAAGUGACUCAGCUUUGAAUUUUUCUAACGAUAUUCUGUUAAAAAUGACUUUUUAAUGGUGGUCACAAAUGUGUUAGAAUAUUGACUUUUGCUCCUAUUUUCUCACUGCUUUUAAAAUUUGAAAAACCUGGAGGAACUCAGUAGAAAAUUAUUUUCAUUCUUGUCACAAUAUGCGAAUGUGUGAUCAUUUUUUCUGUACUUCUAGUUUUUUUUUUCUCUGGAUAUAAAAACAUAAUUUAAAUUUUUUUUCUUUCUUAAUUUUGUGGAAAUGUGAAUGUGUGACGAGUUAAUAGAAAAAAAAUGACAAGUGAAAAGCAUAGCAAAUAAACUUUUAUUGUAGACAAAAUAAUAAUAAUGAAUGAAAACGAGAGAGAUCAAAGUUCUGUGAAAGGCAAGUCGUGGAUAUUUCUGAAGCUCGAAGGAAAGAAGAAAAAAAAAAGCUCCCAAGAACUUCACAGAGUAUGUGCGACACGUGAAAUGUGCACAACCAGUCAUACAGUCAAGAGAAUGAGAGUUGGGGGCGUAUUUACAAGGAGGGAAUUAUGUACAUGGAAGAACUCUUAGGCACCAUUCAUACGUGACACUUUUGUUUGUACAAAGUGAUAAAGUGUAACCACUCUGAAUAUGCAAUUGGUUAAAUGCUGUAAAAAAUGAAGCCAUUAAAUUAUGCACACUGAGAAUCGCAAGUCCAUUUUUAAUUGAAAAAAAACAAACAAUUUUUUUUAUUAUUUUUAACCAGUGAAGGAUCUCUGAUAGUAUACGUAUUCUAAGAAGAGCUUCCCCUAGCCUUACGCUCCGAUACGUACUAAUACGAGAUUUAAUAAGAGAAUAUCGAAUUGAGAUCGUGUUGUCUUGCCACUGAAGUCAGAAAGACUAUAUGAUCAUGCUCUUUACAUUCUAAGAGUCGAGAAGAGAAAGGAAGAGGGUCGUAAUCUUUAAAAUGUAAGGUUCUUAUUGAUCUCUCCUUUAUUGCUCUCAAAUAUAAUUUAUCACUUAUUUGUUGUCCCCCGCAAAUAGUACUCAUUACGUGCAUAAUUGAUUGAUUUCAUUUUUUG